AUGAACGUUCGUAGGAAAAUUUUAAAGGAGACUCUCGUCACUGGACCACUCACGCAAGAAGAGUUGGUUGGAGCAGAGAACUACAUAUAUAAGACCGUCCAAGCCGAAGUUUUUCCGGAAGAGAUCCAGAUUCUCCAGGAAGCGGAUCGGGAGCCUUGGAGAAGCAAGAGAAGUCUACCGAAAGAUAGUGCACUAUACAAGCUCAGCCCGAUUUUCGAUAGAGAAGGUGUGUUACGCAUGCACGGUCGCAUCGAUGCGUGCGAAUUCGCAUCAAAUGAUACCAAGCACCCGAUAUUACUUCCUAAAAGCCAUCACGUAACCGAAUUAAUUGUACUGGAUGUUCACCUGCAGUAUUGUCAUCUCAACCACCAAACCGUCUUGAAUGAAAUACGACAGAGAUAUUAUGUGCCACGCCUUCGUACCGUCUACCGUCGGAUUCGAAAUCGUUGCCAACUUUGCAGGAUCAGAAAUGCGAAACCUCAGUCACCGAUGAUGGGAGAUCUGCCUCCGAUGCGUUUGAAAGCUUUCUCUAGACCAUUUUCGUACGUCGGAAUCGACUACUUUGGGCCUAUGCAUGUGAUGGUAGGCCGUAGGGUAGAAAAACGCUGGGGCGUAUUAUUUACGUGUAUGACCGUAAGAGCAGUACACAUCGAGAUCGCCCACUCGUUAUCCACCGAUUCCUGCAUACUAGCCGUUCGUAAUUUCAUCGCACGAAGAGGAAUGCCUUUGGAGAUAAUAAGUGACCGUGGCACGAACUUCACAGGUGCCAACCGCGAACUGCAAGAAGCCCUGCUGAAAAUGGACCAGAACAAGAUGAUCGAGAGUUUUGUAAGCGCCCAAACCAAAUGGUCCUUUAAUCCACCUGCGGCGCCACACUUCGGAGGAUGCUGGGAAAGACUCAUCCAGUCUGUCAAAAAGACUCUUACUCAAGUUAAGCCCAAUAGAACACCCACCGAUGAAAUGCUUCGUAACAUGCUCGUUGAAGUUGAGGCAAUUAUCAAUGCUAGACCGUUGACAGAAAUCCCGCUCGAACAUGAAGAAGCCUCACCACUCACACCGAACCAUAUUCUAAUCGGAUCUUCGAAUGGCUCCAAGCCUCCGAUCGCAUUUAACGACAGUGCUUCCACGGUUAUACGCUCCUGGAAAAUGUCGCAGGUAUAUGCGGACGAGUUCUGGCGACGCUGGGUCGCCGAAUACCUUCCGACCUUGACCAAAAGGACAAAGUGGUUUCAUCCGGUCAAACCGUUGGCAGAAGGAGAUAUCGUAGUCGAUCACAAACAGCCCAGAAAUUCGUGGCCGAAGGGUCGAGUCAUCGGAGUGACCAGAUCCAAAGACGGACAGGUUCGUCGUGCGUCAGUACAAACUGCUGGGGGAAUUCUCGAGAGACCAGCAGUUAAAUUGGCAAUCCUGGAUGUUGGUUCGACAACAAGUAAGUCGGAUCAGUGA